CAUAUUCGAUCUGAUUAAGCUUUCAAACCACUUUGGUCUUUAGCUCUGUCUAGUAAUGUCAAGUCUACGUUUCUCGGUCCUUCGUGGCGUAAGGUCGACUUUGAUUGCGAGUCAUAAAAGAUCCUUGACGUCAAUUGCGUCACGAACUGUUUAUCAAUCUAGACGAACUCUUCAUCAGAAUGCGUCGGCUAGUUCUUCAUGUAACACGGACGACAACAGUGGUUGCACUUCUUCAAAUCCUCCACUUUCAUUUCCUUGCAUUGACAAGAUGAAUUCGCGCACCAUGGAGUUGGAUAAUGGUCCCGAGCCAAGCUACGACAAUGUAGUGACAGGGUAUGAGAUGUUUGAAUAUCAACAUCCGUUUUUACUGGAUCACGGCGGUAUUUUACCGAAUAUUCAAAUUGCUUACGAGACGUGGGGUACCCUAAAUGAGAAGGGGGAUAAUGCAAUUCUGAUUCACACCGGUUUAUCGGCAUCGUCUCAUGCAAAAUCACACGCGAAAAAUACAAAGCCGGGAUGGUGGGAAGAAUUUAUUGGACCGGGAUCGCAUAUUGACACCAACAAGUUCUUUGUAAUUUGCACAAACGUGAUUGGCGGUUGCUAUGGAUCGACGGGGCCCAGCUCAAUUGAUCCGGCGGAUGGUGAACGUUAUGCCACGCGGUUUCCUAUCUUGACCAUUUUCGAUAUGGUCCGCGCUCAGUUCAAACUGCUAGACAGCCUUGGCAUCGAUAAAUUGCAUGCUAGUGUUGGCAGCAGCAUGGGUGGCAUGCAGUCAAUUGCAGCUGCCAAACUGUUUCCUGAUCGAGUCAAGCGAUUGAUCACCAUUUCAGCUUGUGCCCGCUCACACCCAUAUUCCAUUGCGCUGCGCCACACUCAAAGACAAGUGUUAAUGGCGGAUCCCAAUUGGAACAAGGGGUUUUACUAUAAAGGAAUUCCUCCCCAUGUCGGUAUGAAGUUGGCCCGUGAGAUUGCUACCAUCAGUUAUCGAUCAGGACCUGAAUGGGAACAGCGGUUUGGUCGUAAACGAGCGCAGGAAAAUGCAUCGCCCGCUUUGUGUCCUGAUUUUUUGAUUGAAACAUAUUUGGAUCAUCAAGGUGAACGAUUCUGUUUACAGUAUGAUCCCAACAGUCUGCUGUACAUUUCCAAGGCAAUGGAUAUGUUUGAUAUGUCAAAGACAGUGACCGAUGCUUUAUACCACCAACGUGAGCGCAAUCUCCCGAAAUUAGAACAAGUUCUCAAACGCAGAGGCGCCAAUAUUGAUGAUGCUAAAAUUACCGCCGAAGUAUGUCGGUCGGUCAUUGGCACGCGUUCCGCUCUUGAACAACAGGACACCGCAUCGUCGCCCGUGCCGCAUGGUACGCUCACCACCUUAUCUCCGGACCCUGAAACACAAGACCUUGUCAACGGCAUGCGUGGGAUCAACAUGCCUACCUUGGUCCUCGGUGUACAAUCCGAUAUUUUAUUCCCUGUUUGGCAGCAAAAAGAGAUUGCCGAAUGUCUUCGCGCUGCAGGCAACAAACAUGUCACCUACUACGAAUUAGAUGCGAUGUUUGGUCACGAUACCUUUUUAAUCGAUCGCGUCAGCGUGGGAGGAGCUAUCAAAGGCCAUUUGGAGCUCCUUGACAGUGCAUAACACUGUCGACGGAAUUUUUUUUUUGGAAAAAGUCAUUGUACUACUAUCAUUUUUUAUAUAUUUUUAUUUCUUUCUGUCCAUCGUGCAUUGGGUUCUCCCCCCCCCCCAAAAUCCUCAAAUACAAUAUCAAAGUAUCACACUUUGCAUCUA